AUGUCUAUUGUAUUAUUUGAAGAUCAAUUCAUUCAUAUUGUAUCUAUAUCCUUUACAUCUCUGAUCUUUAACGAAUUGUUAAUGGUUGCUUUGGAGAUACAUACUUGGCAUGCGUACAUGAUUCUCUCGGAGAUUGUGACACUAGCAAUAUAUUGCAUCUCAAUGGUGUUCCUUCCAACUUACUUUGACAUGACCUUCAUCUUAACGUUGACAUUUGUGUGGAAAGUAGCUGUGAUAACAGCUGUCAGCAGUUUACCACUUUACAUCGUCAAGUAUCUGAAGCGACGGUAUGCGCCGCCGAGCUACACCAAAUUAACUUAA